CGUUCUCCUUUUCUCCCAUUCUUUCUUUGCCGUGUCUAUUGUCGUUAGUGAAGUUAGUUUCCAUUCCCCAACAUCUAUCCUUCCCGCCGGCUGUUACUCCACCAUUAGUCCAUUGUAAUCUCUCCGAUCCGUUGGCUAUUACCGCCUGCUGCACGCUGCCAUCAGUACUCUUGUUUCUCUAUAUCUCUCUACUUUUUAUGUGAUUUUGUUUUUUUUUUAUUCCUCUCUUUUUUAUCUGUGUUACCCAAACGGAAAAUGGGUUUCGUUUUUCUUGGGCUUAUGAGUAUGAGAGCUGUUGAAAUUAGCUUUUGCAAUCAAUUAUGCAAUUGAGUUGGUCUCAGAAUCAGACCUUAUUAUUAUUUUUGUUGUUUAAAUGGAAUUUCAUCAAAUUCAAAUUGUAUAAGAAACCAUUGUUAGCAUUUGAUACUAUUAAGUUCUGUAAAUUGUUUGUGGUUUAUAUAUGAUGAAAAGACGAUGAACCUUUUUUCUAUCUCGCUUCCUUUUUAAAAAAAAAAAAAUAUAAUGGCAAUUCUUCUCUCUUCGUUGCCUGCAUAUGAAACUAGCAGUCCUCUAAGAAACCUUUUUGUGGGUAUGAUGAAUUAAACAACUAAUGCCUUGCAAUUCUGAUAAUUGGUUCUAUUGUUAUGGAUAAUGGAGAGCAAUCUUACUCUUGCUUUGAUAUUGAUAGAUUAAAACAUUUGCAUUUUAAAGUUUAUAGUUUAGUUUGGUUAUUUGCCUUAACUGAACUGUAAGCACCCCUAAUGAAGAUUGCUUUAUUCAUAUAGAAAGGCAAGCGGCUGCUUUUGUUUUUUAGACGGUAUGUGGUAGGAUUGAAGAGUUCUGAUCCUCAAAGGACAAAAUUAUAAUUAACUCUAAUUUCUUUAUAGGUUGCAUACUCGUAUAAUUUAGCUAAUGGAGAUCAAUGAUGAAAAUUUGUUCUCCAUUUCCAUUGUCAUCAUCAUUGGCCUCAUCUUUAUUUCAAUAGUUCGUGUUAUCUAUGUCAUUUAUCAAACCGGCAAACCGUUGCACUCCAAAUCCCAAAAGCCAAUGAGUACUUUGAUUGUUUUGGGUUCAGGGGGACACACUGCAGAGAUGAUUAAUGUCUUAUCUGCAUUGCAGAAGGAUAGGUUUAUGCCCAGAGUUUAUGUGGCAGCUGCCACUGAUAAUAUGAGUCUACAAAAAGCUAGUGUUUUGGAGGACUCAUUAGUUGAUAUGAAUGGGGGCAAGGUGGUCUCUGCAAAGUUCAUGCAGAUCUACAGAAGCAGGGAAGUUGGUCAGUCAUAUAUAACCUCCAUUGGGACAACUUUAAUAGCUAUUGCUCAUGCAUUGUGGUUGAUGAUUAAAAUAAGACCCCAAGUGAUCCUUUGCAAUGGUCCUGGGACUUGUGUUCCUCUUUGUGUCAUUGCAUUUUUGUUCAAGGUGGUAGGAAUUAGGUGGUCAUCUGUUUUUUAUGUUGAGAGUAUAGCAAGAGUGAAAAGGCUCUCCUUAAGUGGUUUGCUUCUCUACAAGUUGAAAAUAGCUGAUCAGUUUUAUGUGCAAUGGGCACAACUACAAAGAAAAUAUCCUCGAGCCCAUUAUGUUGGUUCUCUCAUGUAGUUGAUCAUGUUGUAACAAUGUUGCGGUACUCACUUAGAACCUCCAAGUUCUGAGUCUAAUUGUCAAUUUUGAAGUUUUACAUUUUAGUGGUAUUCUAGUUCUUCUUCCCAAACUUCAGAUGCAUGUCAGAAGUAGAGAUGCAUAUGUGAACUGUGGAUGCCCAGGAGCUGGAGAGAGAGAUAAGAGCAAGUUAAUCUUCAUAAAAUUCUUAUUGCAUAAAUUUGUUGUUUACCUGAUUUGAUUGAACUUAAAUAUAUGUAAUUUUUUGCCUGGUUAUAGAUUGGAAUAUACUUUUGAUCGUUGUUUCUGUGACCUGAUGUAAGCAAAAAUUUAUCAACAAAACUUGAUUGUAUAAAUUAAUUGCUUUGUCUAGCACUA